AUGAAACUCCAAACCGCGUUGCCUGUGGCCAUGGCCGCAGCCGUCGGUUCCGCGCUCGUGCUGCCAGACCUCGAGGAAUCGUCGCACCAGGUGGCCAAGCACGUUGCGCACGCGCUCGAAACCGCGCGCGACACGUCGUCGUCCGUCCUCGCGUCGUUCACCAAGGAAAUCACCAAGACCGCCGCCGACAAGGGCGAGGCCGUCAGGCUCGCGCCGCUCGUGGCCGCGCGCGAAAACUACUUUGCCAUCCCGCACCGCUACAUCGUGGUGUUCAAGAGCUCCGUCUCGCCCCAGGAGGCCGAUUUCCACAAGGAAAUCGUCUCCGAGGCCCACCUGCAGUCGGUGGCCAAGUUGCCGCUCCAGGACGCGUUUUUCGACGCCACCACCGGGCGCCAGUUCGACGCUGAGGAAUACGAAGGCGAAGAAGACGUGUUUAUCGCCAACACCCCCGAGGGCGGAAUCCAGGACUCGUUCGACCUCGACGGCCUGCUGCACGGGUACAUCGGGUACUUCCCCUCCGAGGUGGUGGACUUCAUUCGCAUGAAUCCGCUCGUCGAUUUCGUCGAGCAGGACUCCAUGGUGUUCGCCCAGGAGUUCGACACCCAAAACGGUGCCCCCUGGGGUCUCUCGCGUAUUUCGCACCGUGAGAAACUGAACUUGGGUUCUUUCAACAAGUACUUGUACGACGACGCCGCCGGUAAAGGCGUUACCUCCUACGUCAUCGACACUGGUGUCAACGUGGACCACAAGGAUUUCGAAGGCAGAGCCAUCUGGGGUAAAACCAUCCCUACCAACGACCUCGACCAGGACGGCAACGGUCACGGUACCCACUGUGCCGGUACCAUUGCCUCCAAGCACUACGGUGUUGCCAAAAAUGCAGAGGUUGUUGCCGUCAAAGUCCUAAGAUCCAACGGAUCCGGGUCCAUGUCUGACGUGGUUAAAGGUGUUGAAUUUGCCGCCAAGUCCCACCAGGACGCCGUCAAGAGCAACAAGAAGGGCUUCAAGGGCUCCACCGCUAACAUGUCUCUCGGAGGUGGCAAAUCUCCAGCUUUAGACAUGGCUGUCAAUGCUGCCGUUAAAGCCGGUUUGCAUUUCGCCGUCGCGGCCGGUAACGAAAACCAAGACGCCUGCAACACCUCUCCUGCAUCUGCCGAAAACGCCAUCACUGUGGGUGCUUCAACUUUGGCUGACGACAGAGCCUACUUCUCCAACUGGGGUAAGUGUGUGGACAUUUUCGCACCUGGUUUGAACGUGUUGUCCACUUACAUUGGAUCCGAAACUGCCACUGCUACCCUGUCGGGUACCUCCAUGGCUUCUCCUCACGUUGCCGGUUUGUUGACAUAUUUCUUGUCCUUGCAACCGGACUCCGACAGUGAGUUCUACCACGCCGCGGGUGGAAUCACUCCUGCCCAACUUAAGAAGAAGUUGGUUGCUUACAGUACCAAGAAUGUACUUGGCGACCUACCCGAAGACACCGUAAACUACCUCAUCUACAACGGUGCAGGCCAAGAUCUAGAUGAUUUCUGGUCUGUGGGCGAAUCCGACAAGCAGGAAAAGACUGGAGAGGAUUCCAAGUUUCAAGAAACGGUUGCCGCAGAGUUCGAAAACUUCAUCGACUCCCUGGAAGAGAAAACCGAUGUUCUCUACGAAGAGAUUAGAGAGGUUUUCGACGAGAUGAAUAUUCUUUAA